AUGUCUAUCCUUUCGAUGUCUAGUCACACCUCUUAUUUCACCCAGGCUGUGGUGGCCUCGAUGAGGAAGCUGUACCCUGAAGCAUUGGCUGACAAGAGCUUUGAUAACACCGGAUUGCUACUCGAAGCUCCCUUCGACUCGUCCCGCAAACAGAAGAACUCCGUCCUCCUCGCAAUUGACCUCACAACAGCUGUUGCCGACGAGGCCAUUGGAAAGCAAUGCUCAGUCGUCGUGGCAUACCACCCAAUUAUUUUCCGCGGCCUCAAGUCCCUCACAUCCGCCGACACCCAACAAAGAUCCCUGCUCCGUCUAGCCCAGCAUGGGAUCAGCGUCUACUCCCCGCACACAGCAGUCGACACCGUCCCCGGCGGAAUGGCAGACUGGCUCUGCGACGUCGUGACAGGCAGCUUCAAGCCCAGUUCCACAACAAACGCCACCAUCGCCAACUGCACAUCAAGCAUGUACACCGCACCCUCAUUCCCAGAAGCCCCCAUCCCAGCCGUCCACGCUUCUUCCCCCCAAGCACCCCAACACACCCGCAGCACAAUCCACCCAUCCCCACCCGCUUCCAUCCCAGAGGGCUUCGAAUCAGCCGGUGCCGGCCGUCUGGUCACCUUCACCGACGCCCAGCCCCUAACCACCCUGAUCGACAAUGUUGCCCGUGGCAUCGGUCUGCCGGGUGGGAUCCCCAUUGCCGUGCCGCAGGGCCGGUCAGUAGACGAGAUGCAGAUCCGGACUGUUGGCAUGUGCCCCGGCUCUGGAUCGGGCGUUCUCCUCAAGGGCUCCGGGCCGAUCCCUGACCUUCUUUUGACGGGCGAGAUGAGCCACCAUGAAGCGUUGGCGGCUACGGAGCGUGGAUCAGUCGUUAUCUCGCUUUCGCAUACGAACUCCGAGCGGGGCUAUCUGCGUUCUGUUAUGCAGCCAAAGUUGCUGAAGGAUCUGGAUCAGGGCUGGGAUGCUUGCUUCGAGGAGGCUUCUGGGGCUGAGAAGGGGCUGGUUUCGGAUGUUGUCAAGGAGUUGUAUACUGCCCAGGGGAAGGCGGAGGUUCUUGUUAGUGUUGCUGAUCGGGAUCCCUAUGGGAUCAUGAUCUGGCGGGGGAAUUAG